CGCAAAGCUUAUCGAACGUCACCAUUUCCCAAGUGUCAAACCGUCCUUCCCUUACCAGAAAAUACUCCCCCCUGCACCUCCGCUCAAGACGCGCGCCCCUAGCUGAUACUUUCCAAAAGAUGCCAUUCUUCCCUGCAUCGCGGAUGGUUCUCACUAGGCAAGCUUUGCUCCCUGUGUCCGAGUCGACCCUUUUUCUCCGUUCCAAGGGAACUACCGGUUCUCCCCCGCCGGAGAGCCCAAACAAGUCUGUGGCCACCACAACUCCCGCAGCAAACUCUGCAGUGGCAUUCCCAAAAACCGGGUCGGAGGUACCCAGUGACUUCGCCACUAGCGCAUACUCCCCUAUCAACGUCUUCCCCGCGCAGCGGAGCGAAAAUGAUGCGCUCGAUGCUGCAUCAAUUUCUGGCGCUCCACUCGAUCUGCAGGCAAGGAUUGUAAAGAUUUAUAAACCUUCGAAGCCAGCCACCCAGUCUGGAUAUUGGAAUGGAAGGCAAUGGAUGAUGGACUGGGACGUCCUCCCUAAAGGCCAUAGAUGGGAGAACCCCCUGAUGGGAUGGCAGUCUAGCGGUGAUUUCAUGCAAGGAACACACAUUUUCUUCAAGUCUAAAGAGGAUGCUAUUUCAUUUGCUGAAAAACAAGGUUAUAAAUGGUUCGUGAAGGAGCCCAAUGAAAGGGCCUUUAGGGCUAAAUCUUAUUCUGCAAAUUUCUUCCAUUCUCCUAAGAACCUCAAGAUAAUCCGAACCAAAUAAAUGUGACCUGUGGUUCAUUUAUCCACUAAAGCGCAUCACCGUUGCUCAACAUAGGGGUAAUAGGCGGCCAGAUUUGUAUAUAACCAAUUUCUUGGUAGCAACUUAACUGUGUCUAUUUGCUUCGUUGGUAGUCAUGCGUUUGGCACUUAGAACUUCUUAUAUUUUUGAGAGUGGGGGUCAUAAGAUAUGUGUUUUUGCAUUGUUCAUCUCAAUACCGUGUAGGUACUUGUGUCACAAGGAAAAUUUGCUUAGCUCGGAAGGCAGGGGGGAAAUGAUAUUCAGAUACAGAAUACGGAGGAUGGGCGUGGACUUCUACGACGACCCUAACAUCAGACAUAGCAUAGGCCGGA